CGCUGCAGCCUCUCGGGCGUAGCUGUCAAAAUUACGUUUACGAAAAAAUUGCGAUUCCCUUACUUAUUGCCGAUUUCCGAUUGUUAUAAUUGAAUAUAUUGGAUAACAAUAUGCAGAUUUAAGUUUGUAAUAGUUGUAUUCGGUAUUCGGUAGCCGAUUAAAACCUAACCUAUUUCAUUUCGGUCAGCGUCGGUGGUAUAUGGUGACAAUAAUCUUCAGUGUUAUUGCGAAAUGUCCCGGACCUUUCUUCUUGUCUUUUUGUUUAUUUUUGGCGUUUGUUAUUGUAAUCCUGAUGCGAAACGCUUAUAUGACGACCUACUGAGUAACUACAAUAGGUUGAUACGUCCUGUUGAUAAAAACAACAAUACUGUGUUGGUGAAACUUGGCUUGCGGCUAUCACAACUGAUUGACUUGAAUCUAAAAGAUCAAAUUCUGACGACGAACGUGUGGUUGGAACACGAAUGGGAGGACCACAAGUUCAAAUGGGACCCCUUGGAGUACGGGGGCGUGAAGGAGCUCUACGUACCUUCGGAACACAUCUGGUUGCCUGACAUAGUACUUUAUAACAAUGCUGACGGAGAGUACGUAGUGACAACAAUGACGAAAGCAGUUCUGCAUCACACUGGCAAAGUGCUAUGGACUCCUCCAGCCAUCUUCAAGUCCUCGUGUGAGAUCGACGUGCGCUACUUCCCCUUUGACCAGCAAACUUGCUUCUUGAAGUUCGGGUCUUGGAGCUAUGAUGGUGAUCAGAUUGACUUGAAGCACAUCAAUCAGAAGAAAGGUGACAUGGUGGACGUCGGCAUCGACCUUCGGGAGUACUAUCCUUCAGUGGAGUGGGACAUCCUUGGAGUGCCAGCUGAGAGGCAUGAGAGGUACUACCCUUGCUGUCAGGAACCUUAUCCUGAUAUCUUCUUCAACAUCACGCUAAGAAGAAAAACCUUAUUCUACACCGUCAACCUGAUCGUUCCAUGCGUCGGCAUAUCAUACCUCUCGGUCCUUGUCUUCUAUCUACCUGCUGACUCUGGAGAGAAAAUUGCACUUAGCAUUUCUAUAUUAUUGUCCCAAACUAUGUUUUUCUUGCUAAUUUCCGAAAUUAUACCUUCGACAUCCCUUGCAUUACCAUUGCUGGGAAAGUACCUACUGUUCACUAUGUUGUUAGUGGGAUUGUCAGUAGUGAUAACCAUUAUAAUACUGAACGUGCACUAUCGGAAACCAAGUACGCAUAAGAUGGCUCCAUGGGUUCGAAAAUUCUUUAUAACAAAACUUCCGAAGUUACUACUGAUGAGGGUACCAAAGGACUUGCUUAGAGACUUGGCAGCGCAGAAGAUAGCUGGGAGAAGUAUGAAGAACAAGAAUAAGUUUAAAGAUGCUCUCGCAGCGGCUGAGCAGACGAAUUCAAAUGCCUCUAGCCCUGAUUCCCUGCGUCAUCAUCUGCCUGGUGGAUGUAAUGGACUACAUUCUACUACCGCUACCAACAGGUUUAGCGGUCUCGUGGGUGCUCUUGGCAGCCUCGGUGCUGGUUACAAUGGCCUACCAUCAGUCAUGUCGGGUCUGGAUGACUCUUUAAGCGAUGUAGCUCCUCGGAAGAAGUACCCAUUCGAACUGGAGAAGGCAAUCCAUAACGUUAUGUUUAUACAACACCACAUGCAGAGGCAGGAUGAGUUUAAUGCUGAAGAUCAAGACUGGGGCUUCGUGGCUAUGGUGUUGGACCGUCUGUUUCUAUGGAUCUUCACUAUCGCUUCCAUAGUUGGCACCUUUGCUAUCCUCUGUGAAGCACCAUCUCUGUACGAUGACACCAAACCUAUUGACAUGAUGCUCUCAUCCGUAGCCCAGCAGCAAUUCUUACCUGUGGACAGUGGGGACUCAUAGGUAUAUUCAUAAAAGAAAGUUGAUGUCCAUGUGACGUCACUGAUUUAGACGCGUGAGAUUAUACAAACUCAAGGAGUGUUGAGAUGGUUAUAAUCAAUGGUUGUUUUGACAGAAUUUUUCUUAAACAUUGUUGAUAGUUUAAGUAGUUUUUAUUGAUACAGCAGUACUAUGUCUGCCUUCUUGUUCAUUAAAAGUUUUAAUAUACCGAAAACGUUCAUUUGAACAAUCUAGAUUUCUAGAAUCAUUAUGAUCUUGUUGUAUUCUUUAGAACUAAGCUUGUUUUCAAAAUCUAAUAUUUAAAAUUAUUAAGGUCUGAAACUUCAAAGCUCCUGAAAUUGCCAAGAUAGGUCGGUCGACAAUCUAUCAAACAAAUUAGUACUAAAAUAAGACUUUUCCUCUUAAACAUUAAUUAUCUUAAUUAGACGUUGUAAAGCCAAAAUAGGCUGUGAAUUGUAUCGUAACAUAAUGUAAGUAAGUUAAGGUUUCAAGUAAAAAGUUAGUGUUUAAGUUGGAUGAAGUAGGAGGGUAAUAAAUUGUUCUUUCCCUCAGUUUGAUACGGUACACUAAUAAAUUAUUGUCUUAUCUUAUUUUUCUCGCUUUUAGAUAACAUUUUAAAAGAGUAAGGGACGGUAAAUGAAGAUGUUGAAUCGAUAGACGUUGGCGAUUCUGAAUUAUUCAUAAGAAAAGUUAUAUUGGUUUUCGAUUUUUCCCAGAAUUUUUUUCGGUCUAUUAGUGGGGAAGAAUCUUGUAUUUACUCACACAAUUGUAUCUUCUGCGUAAUCUUGGAUUAAGCUAAUCGAAUUUAGACGAGAAACUUUUUCACUACUUGUAAGGUAAAUCUCAUACAUGAUAGAAGAAAAUAUGUUGAUGGAUAUGAAACAAUUGUAUUAACUUUCGAAUGCAAAAGUAUUCCUAUUGAAUAUUAAGGUCCCAAAACUGAACCUUGUGGGACACCACACCAAAAUGUUUAUAGGACGACUUUUGUAAAGCGCUUGGUUGCCAAAGUGGGUUAUAAAGGUGGGGUAACACCAUACGUUUUGGACGUAACAUUUUCUUUGACAAAACAUGGCUGUGUUAGUAAUUAAUAAAAUAUUGUAGUAAUGAGGAAUCAUAAUGCUCACCAUUUAUAGGAUUAGAUAUUAAUGACGUAUAUACACAUUACGAUUUUUUAUGUAUUAUUAUUAUCGUGUUAUUCAAUUUUUAGUACAAUUAUUCAUGUUAUAGAAUUUAAAUUAAAUCGAAAGCCAUGAUUCUGUGUAGCUCAGUCGUAGACAAAUAUAUCAAUUUUACUUUUUUUAUCUUGUAAUAGCAAUAGAAUAUUAACUAUUAAUCUAUCAUAUCUUUGAAUGCCUGCUUAAACAACAUAAUUAAUAUUUUAUGGCAACAUAUAAGAUAAUAGUCAUACGAUAGUAUAUGCCAAAAUAGACUUUUAACUUUGUUAUUAAAAUAUUAAACAUUUCCUUUAUUGUCAGAUUAUAAAUUCAAACCUCAUUUUGAAACAACGUUAUAGUUUCUAAUAACGUAAAACAAAACUAUGUCAUAGAGCUUUAAAGAAUUUGAAAUAUAAACAGCAAUUUUGCGACGAUAGAUGGUAAUAAAGAUAAGUUUAUUAAAUUGUGCUUUAUCAAACUGUUAGAGUCCGCAGAAACCAUUAACCAUUUUGCCAAAAUAAACAGAGUAGUAAAAUUAGUUAUAUACAUAAGUAAACUCAUACAUAUAAGUUUAGUUUAACCGACUUUGUAGCAGUUAGUGUUAUCCAAACCAUGUUUAUAAAGUAAACUUUGACUUAAUAAAUU